GUGCUGUAAAACUGCGUUGUCUUACCAGACUGAAGAUACAAAGUUCAGUUUGCUGCACUGAGCACCAAAUAGAAGUGUGACAGUCUGAAGUACUUUGUCUUAACAAUGACUCAAUAUGCUCGUGUUUCCGGCUCUGUAGGCUUGAUCACGCUCAAGAAUCCGCCUGUCAACCAGCUCAGUGCAGUAGUGAGGCAUGGCAUUGUUGACACAGUCCAGAAAGUGCUCAGUGACCCAAAGGUGAAGUCUGUGGUCAUCUGUGGCCAUAAUGGGAUGUUCUGUGGAGGGGCGGACAUCAAAGAGUUUCAGACAUUGGAAAACAUCAGAGGGCCUCCACUGAUACAGAUGAUCCACAGCAUCGAGGCUGCAAACAAGCCAGUGGUGGCUGCCAUAGAGGGAGGCGCUUUCGGCGGAGGCCUGGAGCUGGCACUUGCCUGUCAUUAUCGAAUUGCACACUCUAAAGCCAAAGUUGGGCUUCCAGAGGUGACUCUGGGUUUGCUGCCAGCUGCGGGAGGAAGCCAACGUCUGCCAAGGCUCAUCGGUGUCCCAGCUGCCCUAAACCUCAUCACCACAGGCCGCCAUAUUACUGCUGCUGAGGCCCUGCAACUUGGAUUAGUGGAUCAGGUUGCUGAUCACAAUACUGUGGACACAGCUGUGAAGUUUGCCCUGAGUGUUGCAGGUCAGUCUUUGGAUGCUCGUCGUAUAAGAAAUUUUCAGUGUCCACCUGUGCCGAAUAUGGAUGCUCUGUUCGAGGAUGUGAUGCAGAAAGUGCGGACGACUGCCCGCGGGGCUAUAGCACCCAUUGCAUGUGUGCAGGCGGUUCGAGCAGCCGCAACGCUGCCGUACACUCAGGGCAUGCAGCGGGAGAAAGAGCUGAUGGCCACUCUCUUCACAUCCGGCCAGGCCCGCGCCCUGCAAUACUGCUUCUUUGCUCAGAGAGUGGUCGGGAGGUGGAGCAUGCCCAGUGGAGCCCGCUGGGACACGAGCAAGGGCAGGCCUAUUCAUAAAGCUGCUGUCAUUGGUCUGGGCACCAUGGGGAGAGGCAUAGCAGUGGCGCUGGCUCAGACUGGGUUGUCUGUGGUGGCGGUGGAGACCCAGGAGAAACAGUUCAUGGAGGCAAAGAAGGCGGUAUCCGGCAUGUUGGAGCGAGGGGCUAAAAGAAGUGGGAAACCUCUCGCACAUGAUAAGAUCACAUACAGCCAGAGCCUGCAGGCUGUAGCAGACGUGGACCUGGUCAUCGAGGCUGUGUUCGAGGACAUGGGCCUGAAGAAGAAAGUCUUCCAGCAGCUGUCUGCUGUUUGUAAACCAGGCACCUUCCUGUGCUCCAACACCUCCACUCUCGAUGUGGAUGAGCUGGCCUCCCAGACCCACCAACCUGAGCUGGUGGUGGGGAUGCACUUCUUUGCUCCUGCCCAUGUCAUGAAGCUCCUGGAGGUGGUGUAUGGGCCGCGCUCUUCUCCUGAAGCUGUAGCUGUUGCCAUGGAGCUGGGGAAGAAAAUGGGCAAAGUCAGUGUGGCUGUUGGCAACUGCAGGGGCUUCGUGGGGAACCGCAUGCUUAAGCCGUACCGUGACCAGGCGUACUUCCUGCUAGAGGAGGGAGCUACACCUCAGUUGAUCGAUCAAGCGCUGGAGGAGUUUGGUUUCGCAAUGGGCGCGUUCAAAGUGUCCGACCUCUCUGGGCUUGAUGUGGGAUGGAAGGUGAGGAAGGAAGAAGGGCUGGUGCAGCCUGGUGGGGGAUCAGGGAAAUCAGCCAGAAUCCGAAAUGGUGUCAGGUAUAGUCCUCUAGGAGAUCUCAUGUGUGAGCAAGGAAGGUUUGGCCAGAAGACGGGCAGGGGGUGGUACCAGUACGACAAACCCGGGAGUCGUGAUGCAAGGCCUGAUCCCUGGGUGCACAGCUUCCUGGAGGAGUACCGAGCCCGCCACGGCCUAGUGGCACGCCGCAUCAGCAACCAGGAAGUGCUGGAGCGCUGCCUUUACGCCAUGAUCAACGAGGGCUUCCGCAUCCUGGAAGACGGGAUAGCCGCAGGACCAGAAGACAUCGACAUCAUCUAUGUCUUUGGUUACGGCUGGCCCAGGCACCGUGGAGGUCCCAUGUUCUAUGCCAACAUGGUGGGGCUGGAGAUUGUCCUGGAGAGGCUGAAGCACUACGCCCAGGCUAACCCUGACGUGCCCACCCUGCAGCCGUGCAGCCUGCUCAGGAGGCUGGUGGCCAGCGGGAGCCCACCUGUCAACAAGUGGAGGGAAGUCAUCAAGAACGUCCGAAGCCAGCUUUAAAUCUCCCAACAUCUAACAAUCUCAGCUUUAAUCACUCGAUUCCUUUACAAUGAUGAUCUUUAACUGUGAUGAAUGCUAAAUGAACUGCACUCAAAUUGCACUUUUGGAUAAAUAACAAUGAUCAUUUUUCUGAUACUUAUCAUACCAGCUCUGACUGUGAGCUGACUCUACAGUUUAUUAUCUAAACCCAUAAAAUUCAUUGGGAUUCAAUAGAUACCUCUGAUAAAAAAUGUUUUUCUAAUGAAGUUUAGGGUCUAGUAUACUCUGCUGCAAGAGGCUAAUGAAACUUGCAAUGUAUAGAUUAAAUAAUAGUGUGUAAUAGUGUACGUCAGAAUUCAAAUUUAACAAUAUACAGAAAUACAUGGACAAGAAUAUUUUGUCUUACUUUGUGAUAACAGAUUUCAAAGGAAAUCUCAAGUUGAAUCUUUUGUUUUUUAAUUAAAAAAAAUCAGCACCAACAUAGUUACAUUUGGAUGCAAAUGAUGUCAUUGAUUUUCCUAUAUUAGGAUUGUUUGAUUGUAUUGGUCUGCUAUAUAAAGAUCUGUACAUUACCUACAUUUAUCAUCCAAAGUCUCAAUAAACACAUUUAUAGACUCAA